CAGAAUCUUUGUGUACUUCUCACCAUCCCUUCUCUCCUUUCCACCCAACCCAACGCCGUCGCAGCGACGGUAGAACAAAAGCAGAACGAGAGGAGUGGAGAAGAGCGUGGGAGAGUGUUCCAUGAUGGAGUCGUCACAGUCCCAGAGCGUGGAGAUCGCCGGGAUCGCCGUCGCCGUGGUAGCCAUCGCCGCCGGCGCCGCCUACCUCUACCUCACUAAGAAACCCAAGGGUUGCUUGGACCCUGAAAACUUCAAGGAUUUCAAACUCGUGGAGAAAAAGCAGCUGAGUCAUAAUGUGGCCAAGUUUCGAUUCACUCUUCCUACACCUACUUCUGUCCUGGGUCUUCCUAUUGGACAACAUAUCAGUUGCAGGGGAAAGGACAGUCUUGAUGAAGAAGUUAUCAAACCAUAUACACCAACUACUCUGGACUCUGAUCUUGGGCACUUUGAACUUGUUAUAAAGAUGUAUCCUCAAGGAAGAAUGUCUCAUCAUUUCCGUGAAAUGCGAGUUGGAGAUUGCUUGUCUGUGAAGGGACCUAAGGGCCGUUUCAAAUACCAACCUGGGCAAGUCAGAGCAUUUGGAAUGAUAGCUGGAGGAUCUGGUAUAACUCCAAUGUUUCAGGUUACAAGGGCAAUACUAGAAAACCCGAAGGACAGAACAGAGGUUUAUCUUAUCUAUGCCAAUGUCACGUAUGAAGAUAUCCUGCUGAAGGAAGAACUUGAUGGCCUUGCCAGCAACUACCCAACUCGCUUCAAAAUCUACUACGUGUUAAAUCAGCCCCCUGAUCAUUGGAAUGGUGGUGUUGGUUUUGUUUCAAAGGAAAUGAUUCAAGCGCAUUGUCCUGCACCAGCACCUGACAUCCAGGUUUUGAGAUGUGGCCCACCUCCCAUGAACAAGGCUAUGGCUACCCACCUGGAUGAUUUGGGAUACACAAAGGAGAUGCAGUUCCAGUUCUAAGCCAUUUUAGUUUGUUGUUUCUUGGCUCUGACCUCCUCAAGUAUUGAAGAGGACCAUAAUAAUGUUUAACCUCAUCAUGAUAUUGUGCUUUCGUAGAAAUAUUUCUAAAGAUUUUUGGUGCUUUAAUAUUCAUUAAAGAAACCCAACUUCAUUCUAACUA